UGAAUUGUAUAAUUCGUACUUCCUUGAUUUAUCUUUAUAUAUUAAUUACGAAUAAUUUAAACAACAGUAGACGAAAUAAGGAGAACUUUUUAUAUCACUAGCAAUUAAAUAUAGACUGGAUUUAACUUACAUGUUGUUGAAAAUUUUAAUGUAAAAGGAUCUGAAGAAAAUGAAAAUUACCAAAUUAAACGAUAUUCUAAUACAAAGGGCGACUCUUGUUAUAAUAUUGACAUUCUUAAAAGUUGAAAUAAUUUCAGCACAAAGAGAACAAUUCAGAGUAUUUAGAAUAGAAUCGAAUCCACAACUACAAAGGCCUGAGCCGUUUUACUUUAGGCCUUCAGGUCAAGAAAAUACACUUCAUUUCAAUGGUGGUUCCUUCAGAGUUGAAGGUGCUGUACCUCGUGAAAUAAACCAAGGACAGUCAGAUCCAGGUCGGCCAUUUCAAUCUAAUCGUGCUCAUGAAUUCCGAGGAUUUGAUAGACAAGUAUCAAUACCUAUAGAUCCAUGGGGACAGAUUGUGGCAGAUGUUCUGCCUGAUCAUAUGCGUCAAAAUGUAAGGUUGGAGAAAAUACCCCAACCAGAUAAUAGUCCAUCUGCAGUCCUACCUGAUCAUUUACGAUCUACAAGUAACAACGUAAAUAAGCAAAGUUCGCACAUAAAAGAAAAUAAUAGACAAACUAAAGCCAUUUCAGGCCAACACACUGUUGAUAAUCAAAAAAGGCCUAGUAAGAACGCACAUAGCCAUAAGGAGCCAAUGAAUGCAAAUGUUGGGAUAUUUGACGUGUUGAUUGAUCCUCAACAAUCAAGACUAAAUGGUGGUACACAGUCACCUUAUGACACUUUCCAACCAACUCCGACUCCUGAUGCAUUUAAUCCUGAAGGAUAUGUUCCCGUGUUAUUCCCAUUUUCUGGGGAUAGGGAAUUCGAUCCAAGAGAUUUCCUUAUGCAGUCGGACCCACUGUUUAUAGAUGUAGGAAUGGGCAAUCCACAGCAGAACAACCAACAAAGUCAAACACAGUCCGGGAAUAAACAGGGAAUUGUGGGAAAUUCAAAUCAAAAGACACCAUCUAUCGAUUCUCAACUGAACACUCAACAAGAUCAUUCUAAAAGUACUGCUUUAUUGGUGAAUGCUAUGCUUCAAAAUACUAGAUUUAUGGAUGCGAUGGAUGAAAUUCAACAUAUUUCAAGAUUGUCUAAACCAAUUUUGAGACAAUCUAAUCAAAAUCAAUUCGUGACAGAAGCACCCUCAUAUAAUAAUGCAAGACUUCAGGAAUCACAGAUAAAAGAUACAAAAUCUAUUUUUCCGCAAACACAAACUGAGAAACAGCCAACAGAAAUCAGAAAUAAAAAAAUGAACAACGUAAAACCAGAGAAGAAAGUUAUUCAGCUUAGUACAAGUCCAAAACAUGUUGCUGAAAAUAUAAGGAAUCAAGUAAUGAGUUUCGGAGAUCCGAGAGCACCAAAAGUUGUAGAAAUACAAAUCGAGUCAGAAAGGCCCGAGUUAACAAAAAGUCUUUUGAUGAAUCUGCUUACAGACCGUAAUGUUCAGUUUUCAAAUGGUCAAUCUCAGAACAGUAUGGAGAGCAAUGGAAACCAAAAUUCAGCUACAACCUCCCUUUUAUCUUUACUCUCUGGCCAGCAACAACCUCAUCUACAAUUUUCAGCAGGAAUACCAAGCUCUUAUUAUACUCAGGAAAUAAUAACCCCACAAGUAACUAAACCCAUAUUUAAACCGCGGUUUAGAGCAGGAGUUCCAAUUUCUCAUUUUCCGGAUAAACAAUUUAUAAAAUCAGUUAAGCAUAAUUCACAACUAUUUGAAAAAAAUGUUAAAGCAUUAAUUCCUAAUUCGCUAAAACCGAAAUUCCAAUAUUCACCAAAGCAGAGUGAACCAACACAGAAAAUAGACAAAAUGAAAGCAGCACGAUCAGAUAUGCGUAUAAUACCAACAAAGCAGGCAGUUCAAAUCGAAAAUCAUAAACAAAGAAAACAAAGGGAUCAAAUUGAAUUGCCUAAUAUAUUUGUACCAACUUUGAAUGGCAAUAAUCAAGAGGUGUAUGUCUCUGCUAUACCAUCAUUUUCGAUCUAUCAAGGAAAACGAAAAUUACCUGUACGCAAAGUGCAAAAUGUUCCACUAAAUCAUAACUUUGUUGUUAAAGGUAAUGAGAGACAAAAUGGAUAUAUACAUCCACCUGUUUUAAAGACAAUAAGUACAGUUAAAACUGUAAAAGAACAAUUUGAUUCUGGUGUACCAAAAAUUUUACCUGUACGCAAAAUACAAAGUGAUCCGGUUAAUCAUAAGUUUAUUGUAAAAGGAAAUGAGAGACACAAUGCAUAUGUACAGCCUUCUGGUUUAAAGACAAUAAAUCCAGUUACAACUGUAAAAGAACAACUUGAUUCUGGUGUACCAAAAAUUUUACCUGUACGCAAAAUACAAAAUGAUCAAAUAAAUCAUAAGUUUGAUGUCAAAGGAAAUGAGAGAGAAAAUGCAUUUCUACAGAAUUCUGGUUUAAAGACAAUAAGUCCAGUUACAACUGUAAAAGAAACAUUUGAUUCUGGUGUAUCUAAAAUUAACCAAAGAGCUGAAUCCGAAGCCCUAGUAAAUAUGCCACUAAAUAAAGCACAACCAGCAGUUCAUGUACCUCUAUUUAAUGAAAAUAUUCGACAAAACAUUAAAUCUAAAGUCGAAAAAAGAAAAAAGAAAAAAAUAAGACAGGAAGCUAGUUCUAAAAAGAUGACACCGGCUUCUGAAGUUGUUUCCGCCAUUCGAAAGGAUAAAAGUAGCAACGCUGAACAUUCCAAUAAAGAAUUAGUAUCCUCAAGUAUAAUUACGCCGAAUGCAAAAAAAGACAUAAAGUUAAGAGACAAUGUGACAAAUGAAAAGAAGGAGAAAACGAAAGAAUUGUCAAACAAAAAGGAGGAUUCAAAGAGUAAAACGAAGUCAAAAAGCAGAAAAUCUAAAAAAUCUAAAAGUAAAAGUAAAAGUAAAAAGAAGUCAAGGAAAAGUAAGAAGAAAUCUAAAAAGAGCAAUGACAAAUCAAAACAAGGAACCAAUAAGGUGUAAAAAAAAAACACACCACAAAACAAACAAUCCAGAGAAAACACAAAAACCUACAAAGAUGUACUUAACAUUCACGAUCCGGUUCCAGUUAUUGCCCUUAUGCCAUACGAUGUGUUUUAAAAUAGAACAAGAAUAUAAAAUAGCAACUAACAUGUAUCUAUGUUUAAAGUUUGCUGUAACAUUUCUCAAAGAUUAGCACAUCACAAUAUAUACAAAAAGGCAGCCUAUGACUUUGUACAUGAAGGUCCGGUAUCAUCAGUCUCUGAUAUUAUAAAAUGGCUCAGCAUCGACAGUAUUUUGUCUUUACAUUAACCUUAUGAAUCUUGGUCAGAAGAUUUUAUGUCGUUAAUCUAUUUUUUUUAUAUGAAUGUAGAAAGAUAUACAAUGCAUUUAUAUGAAAAUGCUGGAAAUAUCAGUAAUUAUACUGAAUUAAACUUACAAUUAUUCAUGAUGAAAUAGCUUUUUAUUCAAGCUUAUUUUUGUGGUACGUUUUUUAGGUUUCUGAAAAAAUAACAAGUUCCUCUUGAUGAAGGGUAUAAUAUGUAUAUCCAUCAUUCGAUCUUGAAAUGGUUUUUUGAAUGUAUUACGGUUGUUGUUUUAUUUUUUGGUUUCUGUAUUUUUUUUUAGGAAUACCUCAAAACUCUGUUUAUUCACUUGAGAAUGAAUGCAACCUACUGUAUAUGAGCUAAAACUCUUUUUUGGUUUUUGGUUUUUUCUUCUCACGAAUACCUCAAAAUUCUGUUUAUUCAUUUGUGAAUAAAUGCAACCUAUUUGAUCUAUAUCAAAUAGUAAAUGCCUCGUUUGUGUAUAUUUAUGUUUGUCAUCAUCUACAUUUCAACUCUUGUGUAUUUUAACAAAAGGAAAUAACAAGGGUUAAUUGGUCAACAGCGUCAAGAUGAUCCUUUUUCGUUCGUCUUUUUUAAAACUUGAUCAAAACGAGAUAAAGGAUGUUUGUCGCCAUAACGUCUGUUAAGUAUACAUAUUUAUAUUUUUUUACUAAAAUUUCAUUGUGUAUAUACUUGUAAUUUUACUGUACAUAUACAUAACAUGUAAAUAAAAUUCCUUUUUAUACA